GACUUAUCUAUCGAUUUUCCUCAACUCCCUCUGUAUUGGUUGUCUCAUCAAUAUAGCUCUAUUGUGUGUUCUGUCCAUUAUGUUCGAUCCGAAUACAGCACAUACCACAGAGAAGCAGGUUGGAGGCGACGGUGAGGAUGGGAGUGGGAGUGGUAUAUCGCAGGUGAUCAAAGCCAAGCGGCCCUUUUUUGCAUUCAAGAGAUUGAAACUAUGUGUGGACAUAUCGGAAGAGAUGGGGGAUGUGUGGUAUGAUGGGGUAUGUAUUCUUGACCCGGACAUUACAUACAGCACAGAGGAACAGAUUAUCUACAGUGAGGAAAAUCUGGAUGUAGCAGUUAGCGGAGUUAACCGUGAGGGCGGCCGUAGAGAAAAACGUAACAUCACGACUAUACGGCCGCUGUUUGGAUUUAAGCAUUUCAAGUAUUGCUUAGAUACGAAUGAUACGCCGGAGGACCUUCAGGCAGAUGGGGUCCUCUACGGAGAGGCGUUGUUUGAGAUUUGA